UGGGCGCAUUUUUUGGAGCUGAAAGAGGUGCUGCACUAUACUCCCCCAUCCCAGCGCUUUGGUUCCUCCCACCCGGCAGUCUUUGGGGAAUGUUGGGUGAGCCCAUUUCUGGGGCACGGGGGAGCCGCGCUUGGCCCCUUCGGGGAUGGGCGGGGCCUGGGCCUGGGAGAGGAACCCGGCCCUAGAGUGUUGGCCUCGAGAGAAGGGUUGGUGAGAGUUUUAGUGAUUUUACUGUUUAUCCCUUACACCUUUUCGCAGGUAGAUUUCUGUUGGCCAGCUCCUGGUGCGCGUGGUCUGUCCUUUCCUAGGUCUGUCUGCUACCCGCUAUGCCUCUGCCCGUUGCGCUGCAGACCCGUUUGGCCAAGAGAGGCAUCCUCAAACAUCUGGAGCCCGAACCAGAGGAAGAGAUCAUUGCUGAGGACUAUGAUGAUGAUCCUGUGGACUAUGAGGCCACCCGGUUGGAAGGCCUGCCACCAAGCUGGUACAAGGUGUUUGACCCUUCCUGCGGGCUCCCUUACUACUGGAAUGUGGACACAGACCUUGUGUCCUGGCUCUCCCCACAUGACCCCAACUCCGUCGUUACCAAAUCUGCCAAGAAGCUCAGGAGCAGUAAUGCAGAUGCUGAGGAGAAGUUGGAUCGGAACCAUGAGAAAUCGGACCGGGGCCAUGAGAAAUCGGACCGAAGUCAUGAGAAGUCAGAACGGGGCCAUGAGAAGUCAGAACGGGGCCAUGAGAAGUCUGACAGAGACCGAGAGCGUGGUUAUGACAAGGUGGACAGAGAGAGAGAGCGGGACAGGGACCGGGACCGGGACCGCGGAUAUGACAAGUCAGACCGGGAAGAGGUCAAAGAACGACGCCACCAUCGCCGGGAGGAACUGGCUCCCUACUCCAAGAGCAAGAAGGUGGCAAGCCGGAAGGAUGACGAAUUAGACCCCAUGGACCCCAGCUCAUACUCAGACGCACCCCGGGGCACGUGGUCAACAGGACUCCCCAAGAGGAAUGAGGCCAAGACAGGUGCAGACACGACAGCAGCCGGGCCCCUCUUCCAGCAGCGCCCCUACCCAUCCCCAGGGGCUGUGCUCCGGGCCAAUGCUGAGGCCUCCCGAACCAAGCAGCAGGACUGAGCCUUCGCCGCCCCCAUACCUUCCCCCCAGGUUUUUAAUAAAAGUUUUGCCUGAGAGGCC